AUGUUGAGAUACAGCGUGCAUGUGUGGAUGUUAUGUUUGCUUUAUGCAGGUAAUAUUUACAAUAUUGAGGACACCAACAGAUGUGAACUGCAGCCAUGCCAAAAUGGUGGCAUGUGUGAGAGCCACGAUGGGGGAUUCAGAUGCCUUUGCUCCCAACAGAGCCACAAUGGGCGCCUAUAUGGGGGUGAGACUUGCACAAUUGCACUUUCAGGCUGUGAUGACAACCAGUGUGAGAAUGGAGGAAUAUGCUCUCCUUUACUUGUAAAUGAUCAGCACACCUACACAUGCAUCUGCCUUCCUGGCUUCACAAGCUCAAAAUGUGAGACCCCCACAGUCUUCUCGUUUGAGUCCAGAGGCUUCAUGUACAUAGAGACACAGCAUUCUGACCCGGAGGCUCCUGUGGUUGUCACAUUCAGCUUCAAGACAGAAAGAGCAGUCGGUACUCUAUGGCAGCGCAGAGUGGACGACUUGCUCCUCAGCAUCGAGCUGAUGGAUGGGCAUCUCCGCCUCCGCAGCCAGAGGGGUCAAGGCUCCAGCACACUGGUUCAAGAGCUCCCUGAAUACUUGUCAAACAACAUGUGGCACACAGUGGAAGCAUCACUGGGCAGUGUGGUCAGCCUCAUCAGGCUGCUCUGCACUGAAGGAGACUGCACCAGACACUCCAGCACUGAAGUCCAUCUGCUUGACAGAGCCUCUGCUCUCCCCGAGCCAGGGACGGUUCGUAUAAGCCUCUUCAUAGGAGCAGUCGUGGGCAGCUGGGGUUUGGACAGAGCAGUGGAUGAGGCAAACUACCCGCCUGCUUUUCUAGGCUGUUUCAGGGAUGUGCUUGUGGAUUCACAUCUGGUGCUGCCAGUUAUAGUGCCAGAAGAUUCAGAUGCCCAGGCGAACAUCACUGUGGGAUGCAGUGACAAAGACAAGUGCGACAGCAGCCCUUGUCAGAACCGAGGCCGCUGUGUGAGCCAGGGCUGGAGGAGCUACAUGUGCGAGUGCUUCAGGCCAUAUGAGGGAAACAACUGUGCAGAGGAGUACAUCACUGCCAGGUUUGGAAACAAAGAUGUGGAGAGUUACGCUCUCUUCUCCUUAGAUGAUGACCCAGGUGAUCCCAUAACUAUAUCCAUGUUCGUUCGCACCAGACAGUCCAGUGGCCUGCUCCUCGUCCUGGCCAACAGCACCAGCCAGUACCUCCGCCUGUGGCUGGAGAAGGGCAGGGUCAAGGCUCAGAUCAACAACUUUGAGACCCUUGUUGGUCACAGAGCUGUCAGUGACGGCCAUUUCCACCUAGUGACUGUGAAGCUGGAAGGAACGUCUGCCAGCUUGUUCCAGUCAGCCCAAGACCAGGCUUCUAUGCCCAUCAGGCAUAUUCACGCCCAAUCAGGGGAUCUGGUUUUCAUCGGAGGGCUUCCUGACUCAAGGGCCUCUGCUUCAUUUGGUGGCUAUUUUAAGGGAUGUGUCCAGGAUCUGAGGAUUAACAGCAAACGUCUGCAGUUCUAUCCCAUAGAAACUGCAGUGGAAUCUUACAAGCUGGUGAAAGUCAUCAAUGUCGCACAAGGAUGCAGCAGUGAUGACGCCUGUGCUGUCAAGCCCUGUCUCAACGGGGGAAUGUGUUACUCCAUGUGGGAUGACUUCAUCUGCAACUGUCCCCCCAACACCGCAGGGCAGCGCUGUGAGGAGGUUAAAUGGUGUGAGCUGUCUCCAUGUCCCACAGGUGCUGUUUGUCAGACAAGCUCUCAGGGCUUUGAGUGUUUGGCUAAUGUGACAUUCCGGGCUGACAGCAGCAUUUUGCAGUACCAGAGCAAUGGAAAGAUUCAUCGCAGCCUCUCCAGUGUGUUCCUCAGCCUCCGCACAAGACAGCCCACUGCCACCAUACUGCGUGCACAAAAGGGCUCAGACUACCUCAUUGUGUCCCUCCAGGACUCUCAUUUAGUCGUGGAGAUCAAGGCUGGGGACGAUGAGGUAUCCGUUCAAAGCCAGGGUGCAAUCAGUGAUGGAGAGUGGCACACAGUGGAGCUUAGCAAGACAUCCUCAACCUCCAGGUGGAUCAUGGAUGUGGAUGGGGGCCACAAGCAGCUAAGCAUGUCCGAAACAGAUGCAGGGAAUCUGGAUUUUCUCAGAGAGGGAGCAGACAUUUUGCUGGGGGGACUCAGUCUGGAUGCUGGAGUGACCUUCUCUGGCUGUGUGGGUUCUGUGGAGAUCGGAGGCCUUCUUCUCCCUUUCUACCUGGACACGGAGUUGAACCUGCCCAGACCCCAGGAGGAGCAGUUUGUGAGGGUUAAUGGCAACGCUGCCUUGCAACAUGGCUGCUGGGGAGCCGGUGUGUGUGCAUCCAACCCUUGUCAGAACCAGGGUGUGUGUGAGGAUCUCUUUGACCUGCACCACUGCACCUGUUCCUCCGAGUGGACAGGGCCACUGUGUGAACAGUCGACUGACAAUUGCAUCUCCAGCCCCUGCAUCUUUGGCUACUGCACCAACUACCCCAGGGGGUUUGAGUGUGUGUGUGAGCUUGGUUACAGCGGUGAACAGUGUGAGUUUGAAGUGGACAUGUGUGAAAACAACAACUGCAGCAAGGGUGCCACUUGCCUCAAAGGCUUCCAGAGCUACGCAUGCCUCUGCCCUCAAAACCUGACCGGCCAAUACUGCGAUGACAACAUUCCUGAAAUCCCUUGGUACAUCGAGACAAAUCCAAUUCCUCAGCUGCCUACAUCUACAUGCAUGGGUGCAAGAUGGAAGUACAGCUGCUAUAAUGGAGGGAACUGCUCUGAAGUAGACAACACCUGUUACUGCCUGCCUGGUUUCACAGGACAGUGGUGCCAGAAGGAUGUAGAUGAAUGUGCCUCGGAUCCGUGCAUGAACGGAGGCUUCUGUGUCAACUACGUGAACAGUUUUGAGUGUGUGUGUGACAUGAAUUACUCAGGGAUUCACUGCCAAAUAGACGUCAGCGACUUCUAUCUGUACCUCUUCCUGGGCCUGUGGCAGAACCUGUUCCAGCUGGUGUCCUACCUCGUGAUACGCCUUGACGAUGAGCCGGAAGUCGAUUGGAUAUUCCACUUCAACGAUUAG